UGGAACUAAUUAGAGUCGAAAUUUUUAUUUUAUUUAAUUUAAAAAACAAAAUUCUUUUUAAAAAAAAGGGAAGAAAUGCAAAAAAUUUUGAAAAUUGGAAAUUUAUAUUGUCUUGAAGUUAUCGUUUCCUUGGAAACGGUUUGAAACAAAAGAUUGAGUUUUUGAACCCAAAAAAAAAAUUAUCAACUUUUAGAAAUAAUUCAAUUUUAAAUUAUCAAGUAAAAAUUAUUUUUUUUAAAUUAAAUUUAGAAAUAAAUUACAAAUUUACAAAUAAAUUACGAAUUUAAGAUAAAUAAAUUUUUAAUUAAAAAAUUAUGCCUUGCGAUGGAAAAAAUUCCAAUUGUCAAAGAAGACGAGAACUUCUUUCUAAAUUAAAAUGUCUAAUCAGUUCCAUGGAUAGAAAAAAACCUUGCGAAUGGGAUGAACCACCGUGUCCACCUCCAAUUUGUUGUCCAGUUCCACCGCAAGAAAAUACUCCAUCAUGUUAUAAUCCAAUGAAGCCGUGCAACAGUUGUGAAUUGAGAAGCAGUACAAUGUGGCGUUGCGAUUGCAUAAAACGAAAUGGCUUACAAGAUAGAUGUCAAUUAAUUGAUUGUCUAGGAAGACCGGAAUGUAUGACAAAAUUAUUUCCAAUUUGUGGACCAGGAAAAAAAGCUCUACUACAAUUAACCGAUCUUGGCGAUACGGAAGUGGCUUUAAAAAAAUUCUACUCCGCUGAUAAAGCAAGAGAAGCGGCUUUAGCUGCUUAUUGUCGGCUAAAAUGUUCUGGAACUGAAAAAUUUUCAACAUCCAAUUCUCCUUGUCCUUUAUUGAAUUCUUCAUCUCCAAAUUGUCCUUUAACGAAUUCUUCUCCUCCAAAUUGUCCUUUAUCAAAUUCUUCUUCUCCAAAUUGUCCUUUAUCUAAUUCGCCACCUCCCUAUUGUUCUUUAUCAAAUUCUCCGCCUUCCAAUUCUCCAUCUUCAAACUAUAAUUCUUCAUCUCGUAAUUGUCCUUCUAAUUCUCCGUCUCCUAAUUGUCCUUCUAAUUCUCCAUCACCUAAUUGUCCUUUUAAUUCUCAAUCUCGUAAUUGUCCUUCUGGUAAUUAUCCUCCAGAUUCUUAUCCAACAAAUUUUCCUUCAGCUUCCUAUACGUCAAAUCGUAAUAAUAAUAACAAUAAUUAUUAUCCCCCACCUACUUAUCAAUCGAAUAUAAAUCAAUCUUAUCCAUCGAAUUCUAAUAAUCAAGUUUCUUAUUUGCAAUCUUUUAAUAAUUGCCCUCCACCUUAUCGUUCAUUGUCCCCUAGUUUUAAUGUCUCUUCUUCUUCACCAGUUUUUUGUCCAAAACCGCGAAUACAAUCGUGUCCUCAGCAACAAUUUCAAAAUCAAAAUUUCCUCUCAAAUCCUCAAUCUUGUGCAACGUGCAUUUCUCAUUAAAACAAUUUUAAUCGCUUUUAAAAUUUUCUAAGAUAUAAAUUCGGUGCGAUAAAUUUUUUUUGUCAAUUAUAAAUUAAUUUCGGUUGUUAAAUUUAUUAAUCAAUAAUUUAUUCAAUAUUUAAAUAUAUUAGUUAAUUUAUUUAAUAAUUUAAAA